CAAUCUCAAGUCCUCUUGUGUUUACGUGAUUGAUGUUGAUGAUUGAGAAGAACAAGAAAAUUAAAUAAAAUAAAAAAGGUGAUACUUGGAUGUUUGGCCUUGGCUGUGAACUGAAGCAGGGAAGCGGAUCGUGGAAACGUCUUCCGUCUUCGGGACUUGGAAGAUGAAUCGUCCUAUACCCGGAAGUCCUGCGAAUCACAAAACUCGUCUCUUUGUUGGACUGUUGGUCCAGUCUCUCUGGAUGGCCUCUCAUAGUCAUCCAUGUAUCAACCUGUAUCACAUGGGGUCUGUUGACAGGUGCUGUGCAAGCUGCAGGGGAAAACGGGCGCCAGAGUGACGGAUACGGAAUACAGAAGUGACCAAAAUCACAGAGACUUUGGGCUACCGACCAACAGCUACCCAUGCGCAUCUCAACUCUUCCCCUGAUGGUAUUCUCAAUCACAGUAUCCGUGGUAAUUAGCUCAUCGACUCAGGCGCCCUGUCUCGUUCCCAAUACAGGGGCACUCAUAUGCAAACAUGGCGCCGACGAAACCAACAAUGUGCAAAAAAAAAAAGGCCUUGACCAGGCGAGACGCUCGCUCGGGAAGUGGGCUAUCGGUUUCUUUUUUUUCUUCUUCUUUUUUUGGUAUUUUCUCACGACGCGCCCGUUGGAACUUGGGAUUUUUUUUGUGUGUGGGCAUGUUUCGGUGUCGUUGGAUGUUGGCUUACAUGCGCCGCUGGCAUACGCGCACGCACGGGGGGAGCUUCGGGGACAGACAGGGGUGCAUGGGGGGCUCGUUGAGCUGUUCGGCAGGCAGCAGAGAAGAGGGUGUGGACAAUGCGACGUAGCGGGUGGGGGGGGAUUCGGGAAGCCUUGGAGGGGAAUUGGACUUUUGGGACAUGGGAUGGCAUGGAGAGGAGAGUUUGGGGUGUCAUCUCUCCAUUUUGAGGUGCUGCUCACGAACUUUCGUUACAGACGAAGCGUACACUCGAAACCGGAUGACAUUUCUCGUUUGGAAAUGGGAUGGAUCUUGACCACCAAACAGGCAUCUCAACUAAGCCUCGGGGCUUGAUUCUUGACAACAAAAGACCGUGCGGGGGAUCGAAGUCAGACCGUCAGAGUGCGGAUAGGAGAACGAGAGCUUGAAGAGGAAGCUGACAUUAUUGUAAUGCAAAGGCCCAACGGCAUACGUAGUCCCUUGUCACCACCCGCCGGUAUGAGAGUGACGAGAGCCUGACCACGGCCAUGGAGCAGAAUAAAUAAGAGACUGCCAAUUGGGGAC